AUGGUGCACAUCUCCCUCCAGCUCCUGGCCCUUCUCCCAGCCCUCGCGCACGCCAUCCCGGGCACGGGGUGCACCACGAUUGGCAUAAUCACCGCGCGAGCAUCCACCGAAUCCCCAGGCGAAGGCAUAAUCGGCCGUCUCGCUGCUUUGAUCCAGUCGGAGUCCUUACAGACCGUGUCACGGGCGUCGGUGUCGUACCCCGCGCGGCUAUUCCCGUACGCCAGCUCUUCAGCAGCGGGAGUCGCCGCGCUAACCGCGAUCGUGCUGCUGGGGUAUAGUCAGGGCGCCCACGUCUUGGGCGAUGUCCUCGGCGGCGGAGGGGGGACGGGGCUCGGCAAGAAGACACCCGCGGUUGCGAGCGAGGUCGCGGAUAAAGUCGUGGCUUUCAUCCAGAUGGGCGACCCGCGGCACACGCGGGACGAGCCGUACCACAUCGGCAGCGCGAAGAACGAUGGGAUGUUCCCGCGCGCCACAGACCAGAAGCUGGAGGGGUUCGCGAGCAUCGGGCUGAGUUACUGCGACCGGGGCGAUACGUUCUGCGAUUCCGGGAGCGAUACUGAUGUCCACCUCCGGUACACCGAGGUGUACAAUCAGCAGGCGCUGGAGUUUGUCUUGGAUAGGAUUGGGGGGUAG